CUAUAUGUUUUUUGAGCUGUCAUAGAGGACCUAUUGUUCCCAGGGUUACUAAAUCAUAUUGCAACUUUUAAAUGAACAAUCGUUAGGCAGUAAAAGCCUUUAGAAACAUAAGGUUUAAUUGAAUUACAUUUUGAGUGUUCACUAAUGACUGCUUUAUUCGAUGUUGAUGACUUAUUCUGUAUAUAAGUGUAAAGUGUUCAAAAACAUAUUAUAUUAUGCCACUGAAUAAAAAAAAAAAAAAAAAUCCAGCUACACUUUCACUUUUUAAAAAUUCAUGUGCAACUUUACACUACUAGGUUCGUUAGUGACCUCCCUAAAAACAGGUAUAGGCUAUUUAAAAAAAAAAAAAAAAAAAUCAUAAUGAUCACCAUGACAACGGAGCAACUCGGCUAUGAGAAGUUAUAAACUUCAAAGUAAGUUUCAGAGUUUUUAUGUAAUGUUUAAGUGCCAAUGUAGGGCACACUAAAUAUAUUUGACAGAUAUUUCAAAACUUUAUACUAAUUUUCACACAUUUUAAAACACAGAAAAGUAGAUUAAAAAGCUCCGGUAUAUUUUAUUUUACUUUAUUUUAAAGUUUCUCUAACUUUAUUUUUGAAGAACACAUGUUUAGGGAGGGCUUUGUUCACUUCUCUGCCGCCAAGGGAAGCAAAGUGAGUGAAGAGUGGCUUCACUGGCUGUAGUGCAGGAAUCCGGAUAUGAUGAAAAUGUUUUAGACGCAACUAUCCUCAGAAAACUACCGCCACUCAACGUCGGAGGCGUCGCGAACGUUAUUAUUGAUAUUUUUUUUAUACGUCAACAACCGCUGGACUAAGUAGGACUGGGACAAACUGGCUACCAAAGUUACGUUAAGUUAGGUUUGUGGACGCGAAGUUACUCUUUCACCCAGUUUCUUGUUUUUCUUCCCACCGUCCCAGGGAAAGAGUUGGAGGAAGGAAGGAUGGAAAUAAGUCAGAUUUGAAGCAAGGGAGUUGUCAUGUUUGAAAGCGCUGAAGGCUGAGGGAAAGGGAGGAACUUCUUCUGCCGUGUGUGUCCCAAAAAGACGACUGUCUCAUGUCCAAGGAGACCGUCCUUCCUCCGGAUGAGCCGGCAGGGCCAGGCAAGGGCCCCCAGCAAGAGACAAAUCCCCUGCUGUCAGACUCACACGAUGCUUGUGACAGUGAAUCAUCAGGAAGAACACCGUCUCCCAGGAAACCAGCCACUGAAGGACAAAGUCACGUGACAGAUGAGAAGCCUAAUUAUUGCGAGCCUGUAAGAACUCAACCUCAGUCUGAGCCUCAGCCAGUGUCCUCGGAGCCUGUCGAGGGAGACGCUGCCAAGGACAAAAAUGGCUUUCGCCACAACAGCACUGGCACGCCCGCGCUGAGUAAUGGCAGUGGAAUCCACCCUGGCAUCGGCGGGGCUGGGGCCACGCGCAUAUGCACUUGCGGUGCCAACAUCAGCAACAUGGGCGUCAUGGGUGGGUCAGGCCCUGGCACAAGAGUAGUGGCGACUGCGCCGACUACAGAGCAGCCCAGGAAGCAGCCGUCCACACCUGUGUCACAGAGGAUGCAGAGGAAACUGAGGUCCAGCUUGUCGGUCAACAGUGACAGCAGCAGACGCAGCAAAGGCAGUUCUACUGGGUCGCAGAAAGCUCCUUUACCAGAGGACUGCUGCGUCCACUGCAUCUUGGCCUGCCUGUUCUGUGAGUUCCUUACGCUUUGCAACAUGGUGGUGGCGCAGGCCUCGUGUGGCGCAUGCACGUCAGAGGCGUGCUGCUGCUGCUGCUGCACCGACGACCUGGGCGAUGACUGCAACUGCCCCUGUGACAUGGACUGUGGCAUCAUGGAUGCCUGCUGCGAGUCCUCAGACUGCCUGGAGAUCUGUAUGGAGUGCUGCGGCAUCUGCUUCCCUACAUAGGGAGGCCUGUACUGGUGAGGACCAGGGUGUCUCUGAGGGGGAUAACUGGAGCCCACAAGAGAAUCUAGAAGGACACUGCUGCUGCUGUCACUUAAAAUAUAGCAGCAGACAGAGGGAACAAGUGUGUGUGGGUGUGUGUAUGUGUGUGUGAUGUUCAGUAUAUGUGUUUGUGGAUGUCCUUUUCUUGUGAUGUGUGAUGACUGUUCAGUGUGUGUAAUAGUAUGGUGCGGUUGAGUAAAGCAUGCUUUGAAAGAUGUAUUUUGACACUGGGCUUCUCCAUCAAAAUCAGCUCAGCAGGGGCUACAGUAACUCCAGAUAUAUGAACAUGUCAGUUAAAUCUUUAGUUUAUAGUAAGUCAUCUCUGUUAAGUAUUCUAUCCUUUGCGAAAAAAAAAGUAUUAUCACAGACUGCCUUAAAAGAUUUUAUUAUUACAUCAGGAAUGCUGAGUAAUUGUAUCUUAUCUUGCCUUUUUUUUUUUUUUUUUUUUUUUUUGUCAUUUUGGUGACGGACGUGUUGCGUACACUAAACAAAAUGAUAACAUUUACUCUGUUUUCAUUUUCAAUACUUCCGGUUUUUUGAUGCUCAGAAGCUGAGGUUGCAGUCUUAGUACUGUACAACACUGUAACAGGUUUAUGUGACACUUCAUACAUUCUUAGUUGCAUACUGUAUUUUUGCAACACAGACUUUCAUUCACUCAUCUACUGUAGCACUGCAGAACAGCUGAAACUGGUGAAAUAUCAAAGGUGAAUCAGGACAUUAUAUCAUCUGCUACUGUCAGGACUAAAUACUUUUUUAUUUGAAACAUUUUUUGAAAUGGUAUAUUAUUACAGAACUGCACAAAAUUGCUGAUAGCUAAAUCUUACAAAGUGCUGGAACGUCGAUGAAAACAUUUUUAUGCCAAAGAAUCUCAUCUUACACCUCCUGAUUUGGCAGUGUUUGAAGCCUUGGGUUUACUGGAAAUACAGUGCAGAUCCUCACAUUUUUAAUACAAAAGGUUCUGACCAGCUCACUGCACAGUUUUCUGCAAUGUUAAGAUAAACAAUGUCUACAGCUUAUAUCUUUAUUUCUCUGAAAGUCCUCCUCUAAUGUUAGCCAUCAAUGAUUAGACUUUGUCAGCUGCAUAUGGUACAAGUCUUCUCUGUGAUGCUAUUUUACAUACAUACUGUGUAAGUAUGACUUGUUGAACUGCACUCUGUUCAUGAGGGGUGUGAUAAGGAAUUAAAAAACGGUGACCCUGGUUGCCAUAUAAGCGGCUUUCGGGUAUGAAGCCCAGUGACUCACAAUACAAAAAGGGAAUCAUGAACUGUCAAGCUGAAAUGGUAAACUAAUGCAGGGUAAAGGCAGUUUUCUUCUCUUUUUUUUCUGUUCCUUAAUUCUGUGUAUUUCCAGAUGAGGUUGCGGUGAAUCACCAGUGGAGUCAUUUUCUUGUCUUGGAGAUGUGCUUUGAUGUUGUUUAAGUGAUGAUACUUAAUGCUGGCCCUCAUUAGCACUGCUUGAUAAAUGGUAACAAAAAAAUGUCCCUUCGUAAUGCCAACAAAGAUAAUGUGCUGUCAUGUACAGCUCGUCUUAAUGGCGCACUGUUAUUGUGUAUAAGGAAGCUGGACGGGCACCUCUGCAGCAGAGAAUGUGCAGAAAGAAAACCUCAUUUUCAUGUUUAUGAUUAACUCAAGCCACAUGUUUCGUCUGUGCUAAGGAGUGUCAAGAAAACACUAUAUAGAUAAUGUGAAGAAUUUAUCUAAAAGAAAACAUGUAUACAUGUAGCUACAGUAGUUGUCCUCCUAUACUAUACUGUUAAUUUUUUUUUGUGCCGUACACUUGAUCCGUCUCAUUUCCAUCCUGGUGCAUAAUUUCUUAACUUGGAGUUCACAACUCAUUUUAUUAGUUUUGUACAUUAUCUUCCAUCUCAAAGAGAACAGUUUUUAGAAAAUAAAAUAUUACUAAAAAAAUGAA